UGCUCAGCAAUAAGAACGAGUCAACAGGCAAGACCGCAGCCACGCAGAGAAAGAGAGAGAGAGAGAGAGGAGAGAGAGAGAGAGAGAGAGCAGAAGCUUGGAGCGAUGGAGAUGAAGACCGUGGAGUUGAAGCCCGCAGAGGUGGCCAGCUCUAAGAUGUUCAAUGGCUACAACAAGAGAUACAGGCACUUCAGCCCCACCCUCGGCUGCUUCAUGCACUUCUCCAUCUUCUUCCCCCCUCCUUCCCCUUCCCAAAAGACCCCAGUCCUUUACUUUCUUUCUGGGGUCCAAUGCACCGACGAGACCUUCCUCCUCCAAGCUGGGGCUCAGAGGACUGCAUCUGCUCUAGGGAUUGCUCUUGUUGUUCCUGAUACAUCUCCAAGAGGCCUUAAGGUAAAGGGAGAAGCAGAUAGCUGGGAUUUUGGUGUAGGAGCUGGAUUUUAUCUAAAUGCUACCACGAAGAAGUGGAAAAAUUGGAGAAUGUAUGACUAUGUAGUUAAGGAAUUGCCGAAAAUUUUAUGUGAAAACUUUGAACAAAUUGAUACUUCACAAGCAUCCCUUUUUGGACACUCAAUGGGUGGGCAUGGAGCACUUACAAUUUACUUGAGGAAUCUUGACAAGUACAAGUCAGUAUCAGCCUUAGCGCCGAUGGUCAAUCCUACAAAGAGUCCUAUAGGACAAAACAUGCUCUCAAAGUAUUUGGGGGCUAACAAGUCAGAUUGGGGGGAAUAUGAUGCUACCUGCUUGAUUGCAAAGUAUAACAAAUUUUCCUAUCCUAUCCUAAUCGACCAGGGUGAGGAUGAUCAGUUUCUGCAUGAUCAGCUUCUGGUAAGCAAUUUUCAGGAAGCCUGCAAGAGGGUUGGUGCGCCUCUAGUCCUCAGGAUGCAGCCUGGCUAUGACCAUAGCUACUAUUUCGUCUCAACUUUUAUCGCCGAUCACAUUCAUCACCAUGCCAAAAUGCUUAAAUCAGCAUGAGUCAAAUCUCGGUGUGCCUGUGACCGUUAUCCUUCUGUGACAUUAUCUCGAUGUUUGUCUGGUGGUCGUUAAACUUCAUGUGUUUGUUUACUUCUGUGAUACCCUCUUCAUACCGUCUGCUAGUUGUUGAACUGCGUGUAUCUUUGAUUGUUAUCCUUCUGUAAUUUUAUCUCGAUAUUUGUCUA